UAAGCAAACUUUAUCGCUGUACUUUACUCUCCCUGAUCUCCUAUAAAUUGACAGGAGCCCACCCUGACCACCAAUAGAGAAUCUACCGCCGAGCUCCAAGGAUGGAGCAAACAUUUAUAUUAUUGCUAGCCUUUACGGCAGGCAUCUUGGCGGGACCUAUAACAGAUAUUAACUCACGUGAAACAUGUUCAACAACAUGCACAGACUCUACAAAAUUCGGAUAUCAACCUGGCACAACUUACGAAUACGACUAUGACGUGGAUACAACGACUCUCAUCCAAGGAGCAUCGGAAGGAAAAUCUGGAAUCAGAAUGACUGCUAAAGUUCAAGUGGAAGUUCUUUCAAAAUGUGACCUUGUCUUAAAGGUAAGGAACGUACAGCUCCACGAACGCAAUGCAGAGUCACCUGAAAACUUUAUCCUGUCAGCAAUGUCCGGGAAAUUCAGCCAACAACUUGAAGAAAACUCACUGAGAUUUUCUUUCCAAGACGGUCGUAUUGAGUCUCUGUGUCCGGCUGACAGUGAAACACCUUGGGUUCUUAACAUCAAACGGGGUAUACUUUCCAUGAUUCAGAACACCAUGGAAAAUCUACAAGCCGAUCAGAAAGUCAGUGAGGCUGACGUGACGGGAACAUGUGAUGCCGAUUAUACAGUGUCUGAAAAUGGGUGGUACUCUGUAACCAUCAAGAAACACAAGAACCUUCUUGGGUGCACCGAGCGUCAUGGAUACCAGACAGCUCUACAGGGAACUCCCUAUCGGGUGCCAUCUGAAAUUCAGUCCUUACCAAUUAUGAAGAGUAGCCACGACUGUCAACAAGAAAUCAGCAAAUCCGGCAUCCUUAAAGGGUCUUCAUGCACUGAACAACAUGUGUUUAGACCUUUCUCAAGAGAUUCAAGUGGUGCCAUGACUGAGAGCAGACAGACCUUGAAAUACUCGAAUGAAAAAACUGGAGUAUCAACAGCAAAAUCUGUGACUAGAAAAGCUGACAUGAACUUUGAGCACCAUGUUGACACGGCAAGCAGCACAAAAGCUCGAAAAAAUAUAGAAAAACAACUGGUCAACAUUUGUGCCCAAACAAAAGGAGACGUUCGUCCUGAAACUCCUCGUCUUUUUUCUGACCUCGUGCACAUUAUGAGAUCAGCUGACUCCCAGACAUUGAACGAUGUUUACACAAACGUCCAGAGUGGUGCUCUUUGCAGCGACAACAACCAGAAAGUCAGGAAGUUUUUCUUGGACGCUGUUCCCAUGACUGGAACACCAGCCUCUGUUACAAUGUUAACAAAAAUGAUCACUGACAAUGAAGUAACUGGAAUUGAGGCUGAUAUGUGGAUGACAACACUAGCAUUUAUUCCUAGCCCAUCAAAGGACAUGAUUAGGGAAGUUAUGCCGCUUUUGAAGAAGAAUGGCAAAGCACUGUUGGCCGUCAGCUCUCUUGUAAACACGUAUUGCAAAAAAACCAGAUGUGAAAACGACCUGGAUAUCGCAAAUGUUAUUUCAGCCCUUGAGGAUAAGAUUGGAUACGGUUGCUAUGUGGACAACAACAACAAAGAAAACAUUGUCUUGUCAUUACGUGCAUUGGGCAAUUCUGGACACACCAGCUCAGCCACAGCUACUGUCAACAGUUGCAUCUCUCGAAAAGACAACCCAAUGGAAGUUCGUAUUGCUGCAAUUGAGACCUUCCGUCGUGCUUCAUGUGACAAUGACAGAACCGAGGCUUUGAAAGUCUUUAAUGACAAAGAAGAAGAUGCAGAAUUAAGAAUUGCUGCUUACCUGGCCAUAAUGCAAUGUCCAUCAAAGAGUAUCAUCACCACCGUUCGAAAUGCACUAGAGAAGGAAGAGGUCAACCAAGUUGGGUCAUUUAUCUGGUCUCAUCUAACAAAUCUUAUGGAGUCGUCCAGUCCAUUUAAGCAAGACAUAAUAUCAAUUUUGAAUAGUGAAUAUCUAAAAAAAGAAUUUGACAUGGACAAGAGAAAGUAUUCAAGAAAUUACGAGGGGUCAUUCUUCCUGGAAAAAAUCAACACUGGGGCUUCAAUCGAAAGCAACUUGAUCUGGUCCUCAAAAUCAUUUAUUCCAAGAUCAUUGAUGGCAAAUCUGACUGUUGAUUUGUUUGGAAAGUCAGUCAACAUUCUAGAAAUUGGAGGACGAGUGGAAGGACUAGAAUACUUUUUAGAAUCCUAUUUCGGACCAAAUGGCUAUUUUACUGAAAAAGAUGUCAAGGAAGCAACAACUCAGAUUGUCAAAGGGAUUGACGAAAAGAAGAUGAAGAAAAUCGACAGCCAGUUUGGGACUGGAAUGGACCAACUGAGAGGAGCUCUUUACAUGAGGACUUUUGGAAAUGAACUCUCUUACAACAGUUUUGACGGACUCGCCAGUUUUUCCAGUGGCUUCAACGUUCUUGAAAUGUUGAUAAGUAUGUCAAAAAAUCACGAUUACACGUUUACCCAGAAUAUCAUGUUCAUGGACACUUCCAUGAUAAUUCCAACAAGUGCUGGAUUUCCUCUGAACCUGACAAUUAAUGGUACUGCCACUAUUGACAUGAAAGCUUCAGGAAAGGUCGACCUCCGGAAACUAGGCACAAGUCCUAGAAGUCUUCUUAUCAGUGGACUUAUUCAGCCAAGCACUGCUGUGGAGAUUUCCAGCAUGAUGAGCGUCGAUGCGUUUGUGACGAAUAGCGGAUUAAAGAUGGUAUCAACUGUUCACUCAAGCACAUUACUGCAGGGCCAUGUGGAACUUCGGGACGGAACAAUUUUCAAUGCCAACUUAGACGUGCCAAAGGACAAGAUGGAAAUCUUCAGUGUUAAAACUGCUUUCUUCACUGUUCAUCGUGAUGUUGAAAAAGAACAGAAUAUGAUCACAAAAAAUAGAAAAAUUCACAAGACAUGCACCGGAUCCCAUCUUGCCCGUAUCACAGGAUUGAAGUUGUGCGGAGAAAUUAAAUUUCCAAAUGCUUCACUGGAAACGAGCGCUCCAUACUUUCCUUUGACAGGACCCAUCAGUUUGGAUGUAUCCUUGAUGAAAGAAGAUUCUCACAAAUCAUAUAAUGUCGAGGCCCGAUUGAGCAAGACAAAGAAAGAGGUGAAUAUCCGUUUGGCAUUUGACACGCCAGGUUCACAAACUGAUAGAGCUCUUUCUGCAGAAUUUUUACUGGACAAAAUUGGAUCCAAACUUCAAAUGGGUCUUCAGUCACCGUGGAAUAAAGCUUUGUUCACAGGUAAAGUCGAAAAUGAGAAAAAUCUCCGUCACAUCAGCGGAAAGUUUGUUAACAACAAACAGGAGUACUCCGUUGUGGCAGAAGCAGCUAUGACAAGAAAAGGCAACACUUUUGAGUACACACCACACGUGGAAAUAUCCGCGCCCAAAAUGAAGUCAAUUCAAUUGAAAGGAGGAAUGAAGUACAGUGGAAUGAAACUUAUUGAUGCUAAAGUUAUUUUGAUUGGAGUAUCAAAGGAACCAAUUAAAGCAGAAGUCAACUUUGUCCAGAAACGUGUUGUGGUGAUUGGCAAAGCUAGUAUCAGCUUUGAAAAGAAGAAGGAAUACGUCAUCGAGUCUAGAGUUCAGAAAUACGCCACUGCAAAAGCAGCAAGGUAUCGACCCUAUCUCUCCAUUAAAACUCCAGAAAAAGAACUUGUCAGUUUUGGAGGUUCAGCUGAAUACAAGAAGGGAAAAGCCAUAAAGGUGGACUUGACUGUUGACCGCAUCGUGUCAAAGCCAAUAAAACUGUCUGUUCAAGUCAGAGAUGCCAGCAAUAAAAAGAGCACAGGUUUCAGAUCCAAAAUUGAUAUUAAAUCUCCUGUAUUUACGACAAAAUUGACCUCUACGUUUAUGCUAAAGAACCAAAAGAUGGCCAUUGUUCGCUCAACACUCGACUAUGUUAUUCCAAAGGUUAUGAGAGACAAAGUAACGUUAAAUGGAAAACUGAAUGUUGCUAACACAAAAAGCCUCUCGGCUGCGAAAGGAAACAUCAUUUUGACAUUUAAGCAGCGGUCCGACUACAAUCUUAAUGUAAAUUUUGAUGUCAGCAAGAACUGGAAACAUUCUGAAGCUUCACUGACUGUUGUAUAUGGGCCAAACAAGAAAGACAUAAAAAAGCGAAUCGAGUUUUCCAGUGUUUUAAAUCACGUCCUAAAUUGGAAACAAAAGAAGUUUAAUCUGGACGCAAAUACAAAAUUUAUCUUCCCAUACCUGAAUGUGAACUAUCAAAUGAAAGGAAAGCACGUACAGUCAUUGAAAUCUAUUGAUUCGUCCCUGGAUGUCGUGUUUGGAAAGAAAUCAUCUUACAGCGCUGCAAUUGAGUUAAAAAACAAGUCUAAAAAAUUAGCCAGCUUUGUCGGUAAACUAGGUAUUUCUGUUCCAGGGAGAGACAUAGUCAUUGGUAAUGUAUUUGAUCAAAGAACUGCCAAAAAAUACACCAACAUUUUGACUAUUCAGCUGGAAAAUGGACACAAAAGUAUCAUUGAAAGCACCCUUCGAAACGUUGGUACAAAUGAAUACGACAUUUCAACUUCCUUCAACAUCCCAACAUAUGAUGUACUCGCAGUCUCAGGACAAUACCGAUUUAUCCCAAGCAAUUUUCAAGCCAAUUCGGAAAUUCUGUAUGGAAAAACAAAGUAUGCAGUAUCUUUGUCAUCACUGGUCCGAAUCGGAUCUCGCAUUCAGGUUGCAGCUGACCUAGAAUAUCCCGCACGAAAGGUGACGGCCGAAUUCGACACAAUAAUUAAAGAUCCAGUCUUCUCUAGCAAAUUAGAUGUCAAAUGGGAUGCAAAUCAAGACCUUGACAAGAAGAUUUUAAUACAAGGAGACAUAACAUAUGAAGGCCUGCAAAAUAUGGAAGCAACUUUUUCAAAAUCCAGCCCUCUAGGUUUUGGCAAUGUUAAUCUGAAACACAGAAGUGGAGAAAAAUAUGUCUCCCAUGCCCAUGCUGAAUGGAAUAAAGAUGUGGUUUCAGUUGAUUCCUCAUUUGGCAAGAAAAAUGAUGGCUAUAUUGCAGAUCUAAAGAUUGAAUCUCCAUUCAAAGACUAUAGAUCAAUCAACAUUGGUUUGAGUCACCAGCUAGAAAAUUCAAAGUCUAUUUCAAACAUCGACGUCGACUGGAAGCCAAUGAAACGCAUGUCAUCUACCUUGAAUAUGAAACGACCAUUGCAUUUUGAUGAUGUUGACGUUUCGCUUGAAAUAAAGUCUCCAAUUUCAGGUUUCGAGAGAACAGGCAUCGAACUUAAACAUAAGAUAGAAGAUGGAGUGAUGAGUUUUGUCAAAUUUUCCUGGAAUAAGGACUUUUUCCAGACAGAUAUUCUUGCUGUCGACAAAAGCUCCGCAUCUAACAGAGAUCUGACUGGACGUCUUAGUGUAAAAUCUAGUCUGGAUCAAAUUGCAAGUCUCUCUGUCUCUGCAAAACAUGUUGACAACGGCCAGAAAUUUGAAAACAGUCUCAAUUUCAAACACAAUGGUAAUGUAUAUGCCUACCAAGGAGAUGUACACCACUUCAGGAAUGGUUGGCAACUUCAGAACAGCGGAAAUAUCAAACUGAGCUCACCCAUGAAACAAAUGGAAUCGUCAUGGUUUCAUAGAAACACUCACGAUGACCUCCAGUCCUCAUUGAAAUUUGAAUCGGGUGCCAAUGUUGUUGAUAUCCAGGUAAAGGGAAUGCAACGCAUGUCCCUGCCACAAGGAUCUCUGACUUUCGACUUUGCAAUGCGAUCACCUUUCAACAGAGACCUUGCAUUGGCAGUUUCACAUGAACAUGGUAUUGGAAUGAUCGAUAACAAAAUUCAUUACAGUACAGAGGGAAAGAAGGUUAUAUCACUAAGCAACGUUUAUAAACGAAACAAUGGAGUUGCAGAUUCAAGUCAUGUCUUUACAUGCCAUGGAAGCAUCAAAAUGUUAACCGUGACCUCUCAAUACCAACAAUAUCCCAUUACAGGUCAAAUUGAAUACCAGGACAAUGGAAAAUCUGUGUCAAAGCUUAAUGGACAAUUAGAUUUCCCUCCCACCGGAUUAAUGAGCGGGAAAAUUGAACUGAUAAGCCAAUUUUCUGGAUAUGAAAGCCUGAAACUCAGUGUUGAUCAGUCCAACGAACGUGGGGAAAUUGUCACCAGGUCCUCUCUCUCUCUUCCAUCUAGAAACACAAUAACCAUGGAGACUAGAGGUCAAUGGGGUAAAAAGAAAAGCUUUAACACAAUUCUUUCCACACCAUAUAAAAAUCUUCAAAAGAUGACCAUUGGAGCCGAUUUCACAGGUGAUUCAAAGUCCUUCCAUACUUCUGCAAAUCUGAUGAUUAAUCCAAUAGUUGGACCAAUGUCUGUCACUUCCCAGUGGAGUUCAUACGGUGGAAUAAUUGCUAGCAUUCAGAUCAACACUCCAUUUGAACAGCAUAGAAAAACUCGCGUUUCAUUCACACAUAGCAAUCAAAACGAGAAGAAGGUCACCGAAUUGAACGUGGAAUACUUGCCUGGAAAAAUUAUAAAAUUAGAGUCUUCAUUACGCCCUACACUCGACAAUUUAGAAGGAAGCAUUGCUCUCACAACACCUUUCCAAGCGCUUCCAUAUUCUGCUGCAUCUCUACGACACAGUGGGGAUAGUCGUCAAUUCCAAUGUCAUGGAGAGAUCGAAUACACCAGGGGAAAGAAAAUUCAGGGGGAUAUCACUUUUAAAAACGACAAAAAAAUGGAAACAACCUUGGUCAUAAGAUCGCCAUUUGCAAACGACCUCACCGCAGCAAUAAAUCACGAAGGAACAUGGUCGCAAUUUGCCUCUCACGCUGAAAUGCAAUAUGGAAAGUCCAAGAAAUAUGAAAUAACUGGAAAGUAUGGAAAUCUUGCGGGAGAUCUAUCAAUUAAAUCUCCUCUGCAUGACGAUAUAGCUGCUUCCUUUAACCACAAAGGAGACAUUUCCGAAUUCGACUCGCACAUAGAAGGUUCAUACGGUAGAGGUAAGAAAUACGAGCUAACCGCAAAAUAUAACCAGAAGAGUGGAACAAUUGGACUGAAGUCUCCACUGUAUGAAGACAUCUCUGCCUCUUUUAACCACAAAGGAAAACUGACUGAUUUUGUUUCCCAAGCCGAAUUCCAGUAUGGAGGUUCCAAGAAGUAUGAAGCUAUGGCCAAACUUUCAUUGGCAAAAACCUGGACAGGAUCGGUAUCAUUUAGUUCUCCACUCACAGAUGAUUUUGCAACCUCAUUUUCACACGAAGGCCAGCUAAGCGACUUCCAGAUUAGUGCUGAUGGUAAAUAUGGAAAGCAAAAGGGUUCUGUUGCAGCUAUGUUUAAGAAAGCAAAGAAAACCAUCGGAUCUUUAGAACUGAAAUCUUCUUUGAUCGAUAAUAUCAAAGCUGAAUUUUCUCACGAGGGCACCUUGAGUAAUUUUGAUACCAAACUCUCAAUCACAAAGGCUGGAAAAAUUGUAUACGAAGGAUCCGUUUCAUUUUCAAACGGAAGGAAAGUAACAGGAUCAGCUACUUUGAAAACCCCAUUUCACAAAGAUAUUUCCGCAACCUUUAAACACUCAGGAGAUUUUACAGCCUUUCAGACGGCUGCUGAUAUCAAAAUGAACAAGAAAACCGAAUAUAAAUUGUCUGCUGAUAUGGUAAACAAAAAACGAACAAAAGCAAAAUUACAGAUCGAAAAUCCUUUUACUGAUCCGAUCACCCUUACUCUUGUGAAGAAAGGAAAACCAACCAAUGUUAGAAUGAUAGCCAAUGCAAUCCUUGGGAAAGGCCAAAAAUACACAGUUGAUAUAACACUGAAGCGAGGAUCAAACUCAGCGUUUAUUAUUGGUAUCACAACACCAUUGCCAGGGUAUAAGAAAAUGAAAGGAAACUGGAACUUCAGUGGUAACAUGAGAAAUUUUAAAACCAGCGCUCGCGCCGCAAUUGGAAAAGAAUCCGUUUCAGCUGAUCUCAAAAUGUCUCUCAGGCCUAAUUUUAAAGCGGACGUAUCUAUUGAAACACCAUUCAAAGGUCUGAAGAAAGCAGGUGUUGUCCUUUCUCACCAAGGCUCAUUAAAAGAUUUUAAAUCCCAUGGAGAAAUCACUGUUGGAAAGAGUAAACUUUAUAACGCAGAUGUUAUGAUUGCAACUGAUCCAAAGUUGGCAGCUUCUUUUGCUCUCCAGACGCCUUUUAGAAAAGUAGAAGAUUUUGACUUUUCUAUGACACAUGAUGGUUCUCUGAGGAACUUCAACAACCAGGUAAACCUUUCCUUGAAUAAGAAGCGAAUUUCGUCUGGUCUGAAAAUCGAUACACGCUCGGACAUCACAGCUGAUGUAUCCAUUCAAACACCUUUCGAGGGCUUUGAAGUGCUACAGGGAUCACUUACUCAUAUAGGCACUUGGAAUGACUUCCAAUUCCACUUAGAAGGUUUGGAUGGAACAAAUAACAAAUUCACCAGUGACAUCACCUUGCGUCUUAACGAUCAGAUUAUCUAUGAUAUGAAACUGACAACUCCGUUCAAAUCCGUUGAACUUCUGAAGGCAAGCCUUUCUCACGAUGGAACAAUAAAUAACUUCCAUACUCAUGGUGAAUUUGAAAUGAACAACGACAGAUCUGAAAUAGAUGUUAAUUUUAGCUCUUUAGUCAAACUUGAAGGGCGGGUGCUUCUUAAAUCGGCUUACAUUGAAACAGUUGAAGGAAUGUUUGCUCAUGAAAGCCUUCCCAUUGCAACUUCAGCUACUUUAAGAUACGGAAACAGAAACAUUCUGGAUAGCAAAUUAUCUGUCAACAGUUCUCCUCUACAGGGGUCUCUUCUGCUAAAUUCAAUGUACACUCGGCCUCUUAAAGCUGUCGUAAGUCAUACAGGCUCCAUGAAAAAGUUUAAUUCAGUCGCUGAGAUCGCUUACGGAAAAGAGACUAUGAAAUAUACAACCGAAUUUGACUCAACUAAUGAUAUAUCCGCCAAAUCUUCUAUUGUGACAUCAUUUGGAACUGUUAAGAGCAUAUCUAGUUCUGUAUCACACGCUGGAGGAUGGAGCAACUUUAAAUGUCACGCCGAUGUCUCUAUCAAUGGUAAGGCAGUUGAAGGUGACGUUGCAUAUAACAGCCGAGAUUCGAUUGAGGGAUCCGUAGUAAUAAAAACACCUUUCGAAAACUAUCGGGAAAGUGAACUUUCCUUCAGGCACAAUGGAAGACUUCUUAAUUUCAAUAGCCGCGCAGAGUACUCCCUAGAAGGCCAAAAAUCCGAAGUUGAGUUGACCAUUGACACUGACAACAAAAUACACAUCAAUGUUUUAAUGAAAAGUCCGUCUAUUCACGAUAUUAGUUUUAAACUCAACCACAACGGAUAUGGACGAACAUUCAAAAGCGAAACUGAAUUAAAAUAUGGCGGAGAAAAGAAAAUUGAAGGAGAAGUUUCUUUUGAAGCGGUUCCAAAAAUGACUCUGUCAGCUGUCCUAAAAUCGAAAUGUCCAGUUGUAAAGAGCAUCCAAAUAUCGAUCUCACAGGAAGGUACUUUCGAAAACUUUAAUGUCCAAGCUUCAGCAAGUUUCAAUGACCAGAGAGUUUCCUCAGAUGUAAGACUUGACAGCCGCAGUGGAUUGAACGGCCGAUUUCUAUUGACUACACCUGUCUCAGAGGAGAUAACGGCUUCUAUAAAACAUGAAGGACAAAUGGCAAACUUUAAAACUGUUUCAGAUGUUUCAUACAGUGGGAGAAAGCAAAUUGAAUUGGAUGCAGCGUUCAGACUGUCACAAUCGGUAACAGGGCAAUUCUCUUUAAAAACGCCAAUUUCGGAAAUUGCAGAUGUAAAUAUUAUUUUCCGUCACGAUGGAAAUCGAAGCAAUUUCAAAUGUUCAGGAUCAGCUAGCAUAUCAGGUGAUCAAAAAAUAUCGGGAGACAUCUCUUUCAAUUCCCAACCCCUUUCUGGGGCUUGGAACAUCAGAAGUGUUUUCGGAAAUCUGGAUGGAGCUUUCGACUAUGCGCUUUCCUCAAGAUCAAUGAAUUCUCACGUUGAAAUUAACGUGAAUGGUAAGCAUUCUGAAGCAGAUAUGACUUAUUCGAACAACGGAAUCCAAAAAGGAUCGAUUUCACUUUCAAGUCCUUUUAAUGAAAAGAUUGGAGCUUCUUUCACUCAUGAUCAAAACGAUGACCAUAUUUCAAGCAGCAUGACCCUCUAUUCAUCAGAUAAAACUAUAACUGGUUCAACCGAAAUUUCAUUUACUGACGAAAUAAGUGGAAAAUUAUCACUAAUUACGCCAAUUGAGGGAUUUGAACAACAAUCCAUUAUUAUCAAGUAUUCAAACAACAGCGAUAAAAUGUCAAGCUCUCUUACAAUUGAAUUCAACAACGGACAAAAAAUUGAUGGUCAAAUGUCGCUUUCUAAAAGAGGAUCCUUGGAAGGAAAAAUCAUUCUCAGUACCCCGUUUGAAGGAUUUAGAGAGUCCAAAGCUGAUUUCACGUAUGACUAUUCCUCUACAGGUUUGAAGGCAUCUGCUAAGGGUACAUUCCGCCAGCAAAGUAUAUCAGCAGAUAUGAGUUUUGAUAAAGUUCCAUUCCAGGGCAGUGCUAUCCUGAGAACACCUUUUGUGGGUUUCGAGGAAAUAAAAACAUCAUUCAACCACGCCAGCUCUGAUCGCAGCUACAAAAGUCAUAUUGAAAUAACAAUGAGAGGAAAAACUGUUCAAAUCGAUUCAUCAUUUAGCAACAAGAAUUCCAUAUCUGCAGCAACAACAAUCAUGACUCCAAUUAAAGGAUACAGUGUUGUCUCAGUCUCUCUAAACCAUGAAAUGAAUGUCAAAGGUUUUUCGAAUGUCGCAAAAGCAAGAAUUGAAAAUAAUGAAGUAUCAGUCGAGGCAACAUUCAGCAAUAUGUCCAGUCUUGCUGGAAACAUAAAGAUAUCAACACCCUUUUCAGGCUUUGAAAAACAAUCGGGGUCUUUCGUUCUCAACCAAAACAACAUUCGUGUGGAAGCCGCAGCCCGUGACCAAAAAAUAGAAAUUGAAGGAACCAAGAGUAAUGGAAAUGGACAGAUAUCUUUAAAAACCCCAUUUGAAGGAUUCAAAUCACAAGAAAUAUCUAUGACAUCUACUAGAGAUAGCAUAAACGUACACGGUAUUUUUAGAGGAAAGACUAUCGAGCUUGACGCAUCAUUUCUUACUUCUGAUGAUAUACAAGGCACUAUAUCGUUAAAAACACCUUUCAAAGGGUUUGAAGAACAAGGAGUCUCAAUGAGCUACGAAAAGACACUGACCGGAUACCAAGCACAAGCAAAAAGUACAUUCCAGAAGAAAAAAAUAGAAUUGAGCGCUCAACUGACUACUGAUACUGUUAUCACUGGCGAUCUAGAAAUAACUUCCUCUUAUUCUGGAUAUGAAAGACAAAAGAUUUCAGUUAAAGUCGGAAAUGGUAACAUAAAUGUCAUGAUUUUAGCCAUGCAACACACAGUUGAACUAAAAGGACAAACUUUGCUCAGAAAUGGAUUUUUAUCUGUUGAAACUACUUUCCCUGGAUUUGAAAAUCAAAGAUUGAGCUUAAAUAUUGAUCAAAAUAGAAUUCACGCAGUGGGUCUUUUCAGACAAAAGACCAUCGAAAUCAACGGAGAACUCUCAGCUAAGAAAGGCAGUCUUUCUAUCAAAACACCUUUCGAUGGUUUUAAGAACCAGUAUAUUAAGUUUACUGCAGAGGGACAAAAGCUAAUUGCAGAAGGAACAUUAAUGGAGAAAACAGUAGAAAUUGACGCCCUUUUUAACAAAGACGGAAAAAUAGAAGGAGAACUUGAGAUCAGAACUCCAUUUGAAGGUUUUAAGAAACAAGCAAUUAGAUUUUCGCAUCAUAUGACAAAUAGAGGUUUCCAAACACACGCUGAUAUUCUUUUUAACCAAGAAAAGUCUGAAUUCGAUCUCAGUAUCAUUAAUGAAUUGAAUAAGGAAUUCAAGGUCUCGCUGAAAACACCGAUCACAGGCUAUAAAGAACAGGUUUUUUGCGUGGAAGCAGUACCAUCGCCAAACGGCUUAAAAGUACACUCAGAAGUCCAUUUCGAUAAAAAGAAAGUUGAGGCUGAUUUUAAUUAUGAACGUGAACCGCAGUUAUUGGCCAAUUUGAUUGUAAAAACACCCUUUACUGGUUUUGAAUCGACUUCAAUAUCUUUCCAAAGAGAUGGGUCUUUGAGAAACAUGCAGCUAUCUAGCAGUCUUGAGUAUGGCUCCUCUCAAACCGUUUCUCUCUUCCUCCGUAACAUCAUACAGGAUUCCUCGUCUGAACAUGUCUUAAAGUUCCAAAGUCCAUAUUCUGAUCUCUCAGCAAAACAUACCCAAUCUUCAGAGAACGGUGUAUUUCAAUCACAGAGCGAUUUAUCAUUUGGAAGUCAGUACAGUAUAAGCCACAGUAACCUUUUGCGAUACAGUGCUGCCCCAAUGCUUGACUUUACAUCAACAACUACAUACACCAUUGAUGGUGCGACAUCUACCAGUGAGAUGAAAGUUUAUCAUAUGGGUGAACUUCAAGACUUCAAGACUGAACUCAUGGCAAAUUACGAAAACGAGGAGGCUUCUUUAUCCGUUCAGUUUAAAAGUACAAGCGCAAUUGAAGGCUCGUUUUCAAUAAAAUCUCCAGUACCGUAUUUGCGCAAUGUUCAUGCUAAGUUUACACAUAGCGGGGAUCAAGAUCAGUUUACCACUUCCAGUGACUUCCAGCAUGAAGACAUUGGUAAAUUGGAGGGAACAAUGACAUUUUUCAAACAAAAUUGGCGUCGUGUCAAUUCAAAUUUGGUCAUUAAAACUCCAUUCGUUGGAUUUGAACAAACAAAACUGAAUUUAAAACAUACAGCAAAUAGAAACAGUAUCAGAUCGUUCGUCGACGUUUCGUUUGGAGAUGAUAACAAUGUCCGCGCAUCUGUCAAAGGAUCUUUGGAACCAAUGGAAGUAGACUUGGUGUUUACAUCACCUUUCGAUGGUAUUGAAAAUCUCCAUGCAUCAACUAAAUACAGCAAUUCCGGAAAGAAGUACAAUGCCGAAUUUAUCAUGUCGAGCCGAAACAAAGCCAUAUCACUCAAGUCUUUGUUAGAUCUAGACUCAUCACCGGUGGUGUUCGAAACAGUUGUUAAUACUCCUUUUUCAGGACUGGAAACUUCUAAAUUUAUGAUUACAAGCAAAGGUUCUUUACGUGACUUUACCUCAAGCAUUGACUUACAAUCAUUUUGGCUGAAAAUGAAGUCGAGUGCUAGCCUUAGAUAUUCCACCUUUUCUGAUUUAGAUGGCUCGUUUUCUCUCUCGAGUGACAUGAAUGGAUUAGAAAACUUUAACUUUGGUUUGAAAAAUGAAAGAACAGACGGUGAGUUCAAAAACCAAAUGACAGCUUCGUGGGAGAACGGACAAAGCGUUGUGUCAACUCUGACGUAUUCUUCCAAGGAUUCCUGGGGAAUAACUACUCAAAAGGGAAGUAUGAUGAUCAGUACUCCAUUUACUCAGCUGAGAAAGCUAAAUAUUCAAAGCAGCAUGGAAAAAUCGGCGACCUCAUUUAAACAGUCUGCGGUUGCUGAAUUUAAUGGUGGAAAAGUACUGGAUAUGGACAUUGCAUAUACUAGAGAUGCCAAGCACACGGCGUCACUUGCUAUGAGAGAACCGCAGCCCCUAGAGUUAAAAGCAGAAGUUCUCAUGUCUGAUGCGAUCAAAUCAGGUCUUUUGUCAAUGAACUUGGAUACAACUUCAACAGAAAGACAAGCAACUGUGGAAAUGAAAUACACUACAGAUCGUUACAACCAGAAAAAACAGACCGUAGUAAAAAUAGUAACUCCAUCUAGAUCAGUUGAAGUUCGAGGAUCAGGAGAAAUGUCAUCUUCCCGAAUCUUUUCAUCAUGGGAUACUCUUAUUAAUAAUGCCCAAGUAUUUGGAUUUGACGCUGAACAUUCCCUUGUCGAGCGUCGCAACAACUAUGAAAAUAUGAACAAUCUGAAGUUGCGAUUUCCGGAGAGAAGUGUUGCAAUGUCUUCUUCUUAUCAAGAUAAAUAUGACAAGAAAACAGUCCAUGGGUCUAUUUCGUGGGAUGCAGAUAGGGACAUAAAUAAAAAAAUCGGAGUCAGUGCAAGUCUUUUCCCUCAAGGAGAUUCCCUUAAAGCUGAUGUGUCUUUCGAAAUUCCAAGCAUUGGAAAGGAUGUAAAAUUGGAUUCUGAGAUGACACUAAAUAGCGGAAGUGUCCUCUUUGACGGAAAAACAGAGUUUAAGUACUCCAAGGAUGAAGAUAAGACAGUGGUUAUCAACUCCAGGAUCGAAAAUAUCUCCACAUACUCUAACAAAAAUUAUACUCUUAGUUUUGGAGUUCGACAUGUGUUUAGCAGCGUGAACAUCCAACUUCAAUCACAUGUUGGAAUAUCCGAUAACAAGUACAGCAGUGGGAUUAACGUCGACUAUCUAACAGCAAAACGUAUGAAGAAAAACUUUGCUCUCAUGGGAGAAAUUGACAGCCUGCGUCGCCAGAUGAAUGUUGAGGUUGUGUCGCCGAUUAAAUCAAUGAGGAUGUCCGGAAAAAUCGAAACCAGUCCCUACAGACUAAGUUUGCGAAAUGUGUAUGAUGACUCAAAGGAAAUCAACAGUCUGAUAACGUUCGAUACUGAAAAGAAAUUACUCGAAGCCCAAACAAGCUACGACAUUGAGAACCCAGCCAACGUUUUACAUUUUGUUGCGAAAUAUGUGAAUGCCAGUGCCAUUCUCGCUGAAGUGUACAGAGAGGAAAAUUCACGUAGAAUCACAGAUAGUUUGUUUGCAAUGAGACUGAAUACCUCGAGAAUCCUGCACACACGAAUUCACUGGAGACCUACCAUGAUAAAUGACUUAAAGGUUUCUGGACUUGGCAAAAUUUCCCUGUAUAGCAGAAAAAUGAACACUGCAUUCUCUGAGGUUGCCGAUGCUGUUGGUAAAGAGUUAAACUCCAAGUACAAUCUGAUCCGAGAAGCUGCAAGCAAUGGAUACAGACCAUACGGCAUAUUUCUUGAGGAAAUGAUCGAAGAAUUAAGCAAACGUUUUCCUUCUGCUGACUUUACAAUGUUAAGAAAUUUGAUUAAAAGCAACAAAGUCCAGUGGCAAUCCUUUCCUGGGAAGGACAAGUACGACUUGUACGUUGAAUUUACAAAAGAACUGAUGACACUCAUUGAAUCUAGAGGAGGAUAUUACUAUGCAGAACUAAUGGAUGUAAUUGGACAACAAUUUCUGGAGUUGUCUGCCUCUUUAGAAUCGGCAAUGAAACAUUAUGAAGACGCAGUGUCGAGAAUUUCAAAAAAUCAACUUUCCGAAUACAUUGGAUCUAAAUACGAUUCACUUUUGAAAACUGCCACUGAAUACCGUGUUCCAGACAUUGCUAGUCAAUACACAAAUGCCAUCUACGAUGUCAGAGAUCAAAUUUCUUCAAGAAUGAACGGACCAGUGUUGGCAACAAUUAAAGAGGCCGCCGGUCAAAGCUACCACCUUGGUUACGAUGCGUACAAAUUUUGGGAAGUAGAAGAGAAUAUUAAAUCGGUAAUGAAGAACAUUUUUGAAAUGAUAAAAAAAGACAUCGAGGAAGAGUUUUCUAUCCUGAAAAAUUCCGUCAGUAAUCUUCGAAAUUCGAAAAUCACAGUAUUUGAUCUGAAAUCAGGAGAAUUGCAAAUGGACACUUACUUACCAGUUUCAAUGACUUCCCUGCAAGAACUUCCCAAAUUCUCUAUUUCAAAGUUUACCAGCAAACUUCACUCCUACUUUCCAAAGUAUAGGAACAAAAUGGGAUCACUAUCAGAAUACAUUCCAGAUUCAGAUGCCUCCAACUGGGUCCCUCCCUUUAAAGCUGUUGCCUAUUUAAGAGGAGACCACUUCACAACCUUUGAUGGCAAGGAAUUUGAUUUCUCAGGAAAAUGUUCUUACGUUUUGACACGUGACUAUAUUGACGGAAACUUCUCGAUCAUCAUAAACUACCUUGGCAAGAACAAAAAACAGCUUAUCAUUACUACAGCUACAAAAACACUGCAGAUAGCUCCAAAUGGAAAGCUACGCAUUGAUGGCAAGAUCAGCAGUGCUCCCUACCAGUCAACUGAAUUGAAGAUUGUUCAAGAGGCGGAAUCUUUGAACGUGAACGGUCGUGGGUUCUCAGUUAAAUACAACAUCCCAAGAGAUGAAUUGAAAUUUGUUGUCAGUGGUUGGUACCAUGGAAAAUUGGGCGGGCUUUUUGGAACUAACAACAACGAAAUUUAUGAUGAUAUGAUGACAUCAUCGCGUCGCACUGUGGUCGAUGUUGAUCCAUUCGUCAACAGUUGGGAAGUGGACAGCAAGUGCCGUUGAACUAGUGACAUUUUGAGUAAAUAACCAAAUUCAUUUGAUUAAAUGCGAUAAAUUUCUUUCUGUAAAAUUAAAACCAAUAAAUGCAAUUAAAAGCACAAA